UUUCCUUCUUUUUAUUUCCGCCUGUCAAGAAAAGAGGAAUUCACGAGUAAAACUUCUUAAAUAAAAUAAAAAAAUAAAAUAAACCAUGGAAAAACCAACCGUUUGCGCUCGUGUUAUUAAAGUUCUUGGUCGUACCGGAUCCCAGGGACAAUGUACACAAGUUAAAGUUGAAUUUUUAGGUGAACAAAACCGUCAAAUUAUCCGUAAUGUUAAAGGUCCAGUAAGAGAAGGCGACAUUUUAACACUUCUUGAAUCUGAAAGAGAAGCAAGAAGAUUAAGAUAAAGAUGUUUCAGAUGAUUCAAAAAAUUAUUCGUAAGGUAUUUGAAUGGAUGAAGUAAAUAAUUCUGAACUGGAAUGUUGAUUGUAUUCUAUACUUUCAUUGAAUAAAGAAGCAGUAACAAGAAAA